AUGACAGACAUCAUCGAAACUAUAGACGUCGACCUCGACAUCCAGGAAAUCCUCCUCGCAGCCUCGCAACACAACAUCCCCAAACUCCGCCAAUUACUUCGGUCAAAUCAUGCCGGCGCAGAGAAUCCGGCGAAUAUCAAGGAUACUGAAACCGGGUAUUCGCCCUUACACGCUGCUAUUGCAGCCUGUGAACCUGAUGAUGCCGAGGAAAAGAAAGAUGGAGAAGUGAAUGGGGAAGAGAAAGAAGAAGGUGAAUUGGCAUUGGCGCGGGAGACGGUCAAGUUUUUAUUACAGGAAGGUGCGAUCUGGAAUGAUCUAGAUAAGAAUGAUGAGACACCUGGUUGUUUGGCGAGGAAGCUUGGGCUGAUGGAGUUGUAUGAGUUGAUGGUUGACGCGGGUGUGCGGGCGGAGUUGUUGUUUAACCGGCUGGAGGGGUAUGAGAUGUUGGUUGAUGAUGACGAUGAUGACGAAGAAGAGGGACAGAAAGAAGAGAACGAAGAAAAAGAACAUGAAGAGGCCGAACAUAAAAAUGUAACCAACGUCCGCUACCUCCACUCAAACCUCACAUUCCAAAACGACCGACUCCUCGACAACGACCAGAACGGCGUCAUGAUGUCUUGGGAAUCCGACAUAAUGCGCAAAACAGCCCUCAAAAUCCUCCCCGCUCCGGGUCUACGGGUCCUCAAUAUAGGGCACGGAAUGGGUAUCGUUGACGGAUUCUUUCAGGACCAAUCACCAGCCACACACCACAUUGUCGAAGCACAUGCCGAAGUCAUUGAAGAAAUGAGACGAAAAGGAUGGCACGAAAAGCCCGGUGUCGUAAUUCAUCAUGGACGGUGGCAGGAUAUCCUGCCGCAAUUAGUCGAACAAGGGGAGUUGUUUGACGCUAUAUACUACGAUACAUUUGCUGAGUCGUAUGCGGAUUUUAGAGAGUUUUUGUCAGAGCAGGUUAUCGGGUUGUUGGAUUCAGAUGGGCUUUGGAGUUUCUUUAAUGGGAUGGGUGCUGAUAGGCAGAUUAGUUAUGAUGUUUACCAGAAAGUGGUGGAGAUGGAUGUCUUUGAGGCCGGGUUUGAUGUUGCUUGGGAGGAUGUCCCUGUGCCUCCUUUGGAUGGGGAAUGGAAUGGUGUUAGGAGGAAAUAUUGGGUUGUAGAUAAUUAUCGCUUGCCUUUAUCUUGGGGUGUCUACAAAGUGAAGCCUGCCACCAAUCCUCCCUCCAGAGUUUCACGAUAA